CGACUUCUCGCUCGCUCUGGACGAAUCAGCCACUUUUGAUUCGCACUCUUGACGCUUCUCCCUACUCUUAGCUGGCAGCCUGCCGACCUCUUGGUCGAAUCUAGUGUCGUCUAGCGAAGCGCGCAGACGCCCAUCUCCUCCGCACUUUCUCAAACUUCUUGCCAUCUACAGCGUCGUCUCCCCCCCACACCCCCAUCCUCCACUACCAUUGCAAUCCCGCUAGCUGCACCCGCCAAUCCGCUUUCAUCCAUUCUGGCCCCGAUCAAACAUGUCCCUCUCAGCACUUCACCUCUCCCUUCUUCCAGCCAGCGGAACCUCGCAUCUCCUCGCUCUACACUUGACACAUCGAGAUGGCUGCGCGCGGCUCAGAGGAGAGAGGUUGAGACAUUUGAUACUGGUCAGGGAUGAUUGCGUUAGGAUCUUUGAGGUCAGGAAGAGAUGGGAUGCGCAAAUCAAGCUGCAUCAUCUUCGUACGCACCAGCUCUUUGGAAAUGUGAUGGGUUUGGGCGCCGUGGACGCCUCUGCUUGGAAAGGCUCGAGCAGGCAAGUCGCAGAGGCGUCUGGCACGCAGAGCACUCAAGCAGUGCUUUUCUCGUUUGGCGAUGCCAAGAUGGCUCUGAUGGAGUGGGACGACGAAGCGAUGGAUCUUGUCACCGUCUCCAUUCACACCUAUCAGAGAGCACCUCAGAUGAUCAAUGGGUCUCCUCCGCACUUUCAAAACUUUUUGCGCACCGAUCCGAUUUCGAGGUGUGCGGUCAUGCUGCUGCCUCAAUCUUCCAUCGCCGUGCUGCCCUUCUAUCAAGAUAGCGUCGAUCUGGGAGACGAGAUGGAUUUGGAGCUGCUGGAUGGCGAAGGGGACGCUCUGCGCGAAGGACACGAGCCUGGAGCCGCUGGGGAGGCUCUGCCCUACGCUCCUUCCUUCGUGCUGGACCUAGCAAAAUUGCUUCAGGUGGCUGGCGUGAGGGAUCUUGCUUUUUGCGAGGGAUUUCAGAGACCCACGCUAGCCGUGCUCAGCAGUGUAGCAGGCACCUGCACCGGCCGAUUGAACGAGAAGCGCGAUACGUGCGUCUUGCACCUCCUCACCCUGGAUCUGAGCAUCACUUCGACCCAUCCCAUCCUCACCACUUGUCCCAACCUCCCGCACGACGUGCUCUACAUGAGACCCUGCCCUGCCAACCUUGGGGGAGGCGUGCUGCUCGUAUCUCCCUGCGCGUUGAUGCACGUAGAUCAAGCGGGCAACGUCGUAGGUCUAGCAACCAGCGACUGGUUCGCCCUCACGUCCGAUCGGAAAUUGCCUAGCCUUUCUCUUCCAAGCACCUCCGCCUCGACCUCUUUGAACCAGACGCAGAGGCACAAUGCGCAGAUCAAUCUGGCCAAUUCGGAAAUCGUGUUUCCGAACGACAAAGCACAAAGCGGAUCGGCGGCGGCUAGUAUGGUCUUGCUGUUCAGCGCCUCUUCCGAAGCGUAUCAGAUCCGCUUCAACUUUGAUGGGAGGACAUUGGAAAGCCUCUCGAUGGAGCUGGUGCACAUGUCUAGCAGUCUUGCUGAGGCGCCCGCGGGAGGGCACGACGGCGAGAAGUUGACCCCGCCCGCUUGCGCGGCCAUGAUCGAUGAGGAACUUGCGAUUGUGGGAAGCAUGAUCGGUCCGAGUCGAUUGGUGAUGGUGAAGAAUGUGCAGAAGAAGGUGGAGGAGGCGGAGCAUGAUCAAGAGGAGGACGACGCAAAGAGUGAUUUGCAGGGGCGUGUCGAAAUGGAAAUGGACCUGGACGAUGACUUGUACGGCGACUCUGCGCGUGCAGUCUCCUCCGCCGCCGGUCCUUCGACGAACGGCAGCACAAAGAGGGCGAUGACGAGUUUGGAAUUGAAGCCCUUGCCGGCGAACAUACCCGCCUUGGGACCUGUGCACGACUUGAAGAUGUGCGCUUUUGAUGAGCUCGACGUCAAAGGCGAGGAUGCGUCUUUGGGAAAGGACGAAAAGGUGUUGAAGACGCUCGCUACCGUGGGUGCUGCGCCCAAUGCUGGCGUGGCCAUUCUAGAACGCAGGUUGGCCUUUGAUGCGCCUAGCGGUCUUUGGACUUUGCCCAUCUCGAUGAACUCAUUCGACGCGCAUGAGAGAGCGUACGACGCUUGUUUGGCUUCCAACGACGAUAGAACCACCUUGUUCAAGGUGCAUGCGGAUGGCAGGACGGAGCUGAUCGAGCGCGUGAAGGGGAGGACCCUGGCCGCUGGACCUUUGCCUGAUCGGCCCGACCAGCAACCACGAUCCAAGCAGGCGCAGGCUGCUCGAUUUGUCCGUAUAACGGAAAGGCAGGUGGAAGUGAUGGAUCUGACCGGUCGAGUUUUGCAAUCGGUUCUAGCGGUGGAGGAGAAGGGGGGAUCAUCUUCGUCGGCUGCGGCGGUGGCGGAUGAAGAGCAUGAAGAGCUGCAAGUGCAUCAAGCUAGCUUGUGUGGCGCUUGGGCAGCCUUGGUGAGGACGGAUGGACAGUUGAGAGUAUAUCGAGUGGAUGGACACGCGCCGCAAAGGGUGCAACUAGCGCAGGGUUCUGCGCUUGGGGCCAACAAGUACACGUGCGUUUCGUUGUUGCGGGAUGAGAGGGCGCAAUUAACGCUCGAGCCGCUGCGGAUGCAAGAGGAGCCAAAGCUUGUACAGGAGACCGGCUCGGCGACGGCGGUGCAGAGCCCUACGACACGGCGCAAAACGCUUCGCAACGAGGAGGAAGAGGAUGAAGAGAUCGACUAUGGGGAGGAGGAGGAGGAGGAGGAGGAGGAGGAGGAGGAGGAGGAAGGGGGCGACGUGCGGACGACCACUACGCCGGCACGGGUGGUUGAGAAAAGCGCACGGUCAGACGAUCAGACGUCCUCGUCGAAAGCUGCGACUAUUUGGCUUUCGCUUGUUGAUAACGACGGCCGCGUGCAUAUCUGCGUACUUCCCUCUUUAGAAAUCGUCUGGUCCUCCAACUCUAUCCUCGCGUUGCCACAACGAUUGUCCCACACGCUCGAUGAUGCCUCCUCGACCGAAGAUGAGGGUCUAUACGUCAUCCAGGCGCUGCUGUGUCACAUCGGCGAUGCGUUGCAUCUGGCGGCAUCCUUCAACAACGGUCUCAUCGUCGUCUAUGAGGCAAACACGAGCGGUGCAGCGCAAUCCCGGUUGCAAGUGAUCUUCAACAAGAUUUUUGCGCGUCAAAUCACCUCGACGGAAGUAGCUGGUCCGGCGGUCGAUGGCGAAGUGGCCACUUUGGCAGCUUCGCUCACCCCACUCGACCGCUUUGCGGCAUUUGAAGACGCAUCGGUAUUUGUGGGAGGUGAAGAGUCUGGAUGGAUCGCCAAGUGCGAGACCGGGCCUUUGGUCUUUUUCCCGACGCAUGAGGGCGGAUUGCAUAGUUGUGCUGCCUUGAGAGCACAGCGCGGCAUCUCGACCUUCACUUUGUCUCCUCAGCGUUUCUUGUUCACUCAAUUCGACAUGGUGUGCUCGGCAGAGAUGCCCGACUUGCGGUACGACCUCGAAAUACCUUACAAGCUUCUUCCAUCUGAUCGAACCUACACAAGAUUGGCCCCCCAUGAGCCCACUGGAACGUUCGUCGUAGCUUCCGAAUCGCCGCAGCCCUUUGUCCUUUUCGAUCCGGAGGACCAGAGCGUGGUGCAGGAUCCUAGCAUCGACCCUACGCCAGCUUACAUUGCGCGCGGAUCUUUGGAGCUCUUCGUGCCGGGCAUCGAAGAGCCAAUCGAUGGAUUCGAAUUCGGACAGUGCGAAGUGGUUUGUGCUGUGGAGCUCGUCACGCUCAAAUCUAUAGGCACGCUUUCGGGAACCAAAGAUUACUUGGCUGUGGGCACGAUGAUUUCUCACGGAGAGGACCGACCGGCAAGAGGCAAUACAUACAUUUUCGACGUGGUCGAGGUGGUGCCAGAUCCGGCAGACCCGCUGGCCAAGUACCGCUUGAGAAUGUUGUACAAGGAGGACGCCAAAGCGCCCAUCACGUGCAUCACCGACAUGAACGGUUAUCUCGUCGUGGCCAUGGGCCAAAAGCUCUUUGUACGCUCAUUGGAGAACGACGAGUGGCUCGUGUCCAUCGCAUUCUUGGAUAUUCCUUUCCAAACGACGACGCUACGAAGGCUCAACAACUUCAUCCUGCUAAGCGACGUGCACAACAGCGUUUGGUUCAUUGCUUUUCAGGUUCGUAAAGUUCCUUUCGAUGCGUCUCGCAAAGUCGUCUCGUCGCUCAUCGGAUCCGAGUCCAACGUGAUGUUCACGAACCGUUUGCAGGAAUCGCCAUACCGAUUGACCGUGCUCGGCAAAGACUUUCACACCUUUUCAACGACGUGCUCCGACUUUCUUCUCGAUGGACCGGAAAUGUCCAUCGUUGCCGCGUCGACGGACAAGGUGCUCAGGCUCUACGACUACGCGCCUACAGCUAUAGCGAGCCAAGGUGGACUCAAGCUGCUUUUGCGCACAGAGUACCAAAUCAAUUCGGAAGUGGACUGCAUCCUCAUGAUCCCGGGCGCCGCUCCCGAACAUGGAGGCUUCUCGCUUCAGUCCGAACUCAUCCUGGGUCUUAUGAACGGCGGUGUGCACAGUCUUGUGCCUGUGGAAGAGCACGUGUACCAUCGCUUGCAGCUCUUGCAAAGUCAAAUGGUACGAAACGUGCAGCAUUUUGCCGGUCUGAAUCCGCGCGGACAUCGGUCCGUCCGCAACGAUCACACUUCGCGACCCCUUGCAAAGGGCAUACUGGACGGUCUGCUCUUGUCCACCUUUGAAAAGCUGUCUCGGCCCAAGAUGGAGGAGUUGGUUGGCCUGCUGCAAGGUGCGAUGGGCAGAGAUGGACCGGAUCAGGCAUUGAGGGAUCUUGCUGCGCUCAGAAAUCACUGGGGCUCCGCCUAAGCACUAGCACGCUCCUGCACAGAAAUGAACAUGAUGUCGUUGCGGACGCUUCUGCGCAUGCAUUACUCUUCUGCGCAUGCACUACUCUGGCGAACGGC